AUGGAAAAUACCGAGGUGAGACCGGAAAACAGAAAUCAGUUAGAAGGUUUAAUGAAUGAUGUUGGCCAAAUCCAGAAUCAAUUGGAAGCAAACAUCAGGAGAGAACCUUUGGUUCACCCAAGAAAACAGAUCAAGGUCGGAUGCUGGAAUGUUAGAACAAUGUAUGCACCUGGAAAGACAUACCAGGUAGUAAAUGAAAUGAACAACUAUGGAAUUGAUGUAUUGGGUAUUAGUGAAUGUCGUUGGACCGGAACAGGAAAGAUCAACCUCAGAGGUGGUGAGACGUUACUAUACUCAGGACAAACAGAAAGACAUGAGUAUGGAGUAGCACUUAUUAUAUCAAAAGCAAACAGAAAAACACUCAUUGAAUGGCAACCUAUUAAUGAAAGAAUAAUAACAGCUCGAUUUUUUUCAAGACAUAUAAAGUUGACCAUAAUACAGUGUUAUGCACCAACGAAUGACGCUUCUGAUGAAGUAAAAGAGGAAUUCUACCAAACCUUGAACGAUGUAACAGCAAAAGUUCAUAAACAUGAUAUGAUAAUUGUAAUGGGUGACAUGAAUGCAAAGAUAGGAUCAGAUAAUGUUGGAUAUGAAGAUGUAAUGGGGAAGAACGGGUAUGGUGUUAUCAAUGAGAACGGAGAAUUAUUUCGGGAUUAUUGUCAGACAAACAACUUUGUAAUUUGCUCCAGCAUAUUCCAACAUAAAGAUAUUCAUAAAUAUACAUGGACGUCACCAGACGGAAACAUCAAGAAUCAGAUUGAUCACAUCACGAUUGACAAAAGGUUUAGAAGAUCUAUGGAAGAUGUACGGUCAUAUAGAGGCGCUGAUGUUGGUAGUGACCACGAACUACUUAUAUCCAGAGUUAAACUUAAACUUUAUAGACAGAGAGUAACUCAGGGACAGAAAAAAAGAUAUGACACAGAUAAGCUAAAGAUACCAAAAGUUGCACAAGAGUUCAAACUGGAGUUAAGGAACAGAUUUCAGAUAUUGGGAGAAACAGAAGGCAUAGAAGAACAGUGGCUAGAUAUCAAACAAGCAAUAUGUGAGGUUGGUGAACAAACACUGGGAUUUAAAGACAGGAAACAACCCGAGUGGAUUACUACCAACAGUAUCCAUAAAAUCCAAGAACGUAGAGAGAUAAAACAAAAAAUCAAUGCUACAAGAUCACAAAGACAGAAAGAAAAACUUGAGAAAGAUUAUAAGGAUAAGAACAAGGAGGUAAAAUUUAGUACAAGAGAUGAUAAGAGAAAAUAUAUUGAUAAUAUUGCAGAAGAGGCAGCAAAUAGAGGAGAGCAGAACAAGCUAUAUAUGCUGAGUAAGAAAAUUUCCAACAGCAGCAUGAGAGGGAACAGACCUGUAAAGUCAAAAGAGGGACAUAUAAUAACCAACGAGAAGGAACAGUUAGAGAGAUGGAAAGAACACUUUGAAUAG